UCUCUCUCUCUUAAAAUGUAAAUUGCUAAAGUUUUCCAUUAUCUCGCUAUUGUGCCGUGUUGUACCAUUAAUGUUUGUUUAGAUGACAAAAAAUCAGAAUAUUUUACAAAAACUCCAAAAUAUUUUUCCCGAAAAAACGACGUAAACAAUCGAAUAAUAUUUUAACUUGAAACUGUCCUGUUUUAACAACAGUUAACUCAAAAUAACAACUUACAAGUAAUCCCGAAAUAAACAAAACUGCGUCAUGAGAUUAUCAAAACGUUAGUAUAAAAACGAAAACGUAAACGCGAUACGUUGUACCAAGCGUAAAACAAGUUAGACAACAGACCGUGGACAACAGUAUCUCCAGUGGCGUUGGUCGGGGUGCACGGAGAGAUAUCGAAAGAAGCUCUUCUCGAGGGAAGUGAAGUGUGCAUGUUGAAUGCCGAUGAAAGAAAAAAAGGUUGAGUUUCAUGACUAUUGGAUCUUCUGCUCAACAUAGAUCAAGGAUUGCAGAGGUGUGAUAGAUGGAAAUGUACAGAAAAUAUAUUUAAAAAUUAGCUUUAGUGAAAGAAGCGAUCGAAGUGUUUUGACAUGGUUUGCUCGUGUGUAGAACGGAGGGCGAUGACUUCAUAAAAAAAAUGUAAAUCGAUAGAUGAUUUGAUGAAUUUCCCAGAAAGAGUGAGCCUCAUUAUUCAAGCAACCGCUGGAGUGCGCCAUAGACCCAGGUGAAUGGUGAUGGGAGUUCGAAUCGCUGCUGCUGAUAAAAUAUAUAAAUAAAAAUAUAGGAGAGGAAAAUGUUUGUUGACGCCUUAGUAAGGAUUGUCAGUGCCGCCGCACUUCCUCUACUGCGCAUUCUUCUUUACCUUUUGGUGAAUGAAACCGGCUACUACGGGCUCAGAGCACCUCUGACAGAGAGCUAUGAUUUCAUCGUCGUUGGUUCGGGACCCGGAGGAAGCUGUGUGGCCUCAAGGUUGUCUGAGGUAGAAGGAUGGUCCGUACUUCUGUUGGAAGCAGGACUUCCACCUCCUCCCGAUUCUGUCAUUCCAGCCCUUGCCUCCCUGAGUUUCCUCCCGGGAUAUUCGGCCGACUGGGGUUACAACUCCGUACCUCAACAACACGGACUGAAGAAUUUUGUUAACCAGGCUAGUAGGCUAACUCAAGGGAGAGUUGUCGGAGGCUCCUCAGCUAUAAACGGCCUCCAGUAUGUCCGAGGGAGUCGGCAAGAUUUCGACAACUGGGCUGCUCUGGGAAAUCCAGGCUGGGAUUUUGAGUCGGUUCUGAAAUAUUUCCACAAGGCUGAAAGGUACCGAGGGUCAGCCAAUGAUCCUGCACGGAAAUACUACGGCUCAUCCGGCCCUAUGUCUGUCAGACAGCUAGCAAAAGGGCCCAUGACUCGCGCUUUCAUUCUCGGAGGCCAAGAACUUGGAUACCCCGUCCAUGAGGAUUCGAAUGGACCGAUUCAGUUAGGGUUCUCGGUUCCAACCGUUACAAUCGGGGACGGGAUGAGAUCUUCAGCCGCCAGCGGAUACUUGAAACCUGCUUCAAAUAGACCCAAUCUACAUAUCCUCCAUAGCGCCACUGCCCACCAGAUCAUCUUUGAUGACAAUAAACGGGCAGUCGGAGUGAAAUUUGAGCACCGGGGCAAGGUGAUAAUCGUAAGGGCCAAGAGAGAGGUCAUCGUGUCAGCUGGAAGCAUUGGCUCUCCCAAGCUCCUCAUGCUUUCUGGAGUAGGUCCAAAGGAGCACCUAUACAAGCACAAGAUAAAUUUAGUGGCAGAUGUCCCAGGAGUAGGAAUGAACCUACACGACCACAUCAACGUCAUGGGUCUUAGCUGGUCUGUGAAGAGGGGUCUUAUCCCAAACCCGCUUUCUCAGCUCUCUGCAAGAACCAUCAAACAAUACGCCAAGGACAGACAAGGACCAUUGAGUGAGAUCCCAGCAGAAGUGCCAAGCUCUUGGGUCAACGUUGGGGGAGGAGUCGACCCCCUGUGGCCAGACAUUCAGAUAUUCUUCAACGCUCUCCUGGCGACCAGCGAUUACGGCAUCGUUUAUCCGUCGCUGUACAACUUGGAAAGAAAAAGAUUUUUGAAUUACCUGGGUGACCUCAUAGGCCAGGAAGGCUACUCGAUCCGCCCGGUUUUGGUUCGACCCAAAAGCCGAGGGACGAUCCGGCUCAGAUCCAACAACCCUCGAGACGCUCCUUUGAUCGAUCCGAAUUAUUUGAGCCAUCCAGACGAUGUGCGGACGUUGGUGAAAGGUGUCAAAUUAUCGGUAGCUCUCGGAAACACUACUACUUUCGCCAAAAAUUAUUAUCCGAAAUUCUACGACAAGCCUCUUCCCGAGUGCGCCAACUUCAGAUUUGCCAGCGAUGAUUACUGGGCGUGUUACGUGCGUCACAUGGGAACUUCUUUUCUUCAUCUGGCAGGUUCUUGUAAAAUGGCCCCUCCCACUGACCCAUUCGGUGUCGUUGACCAUAACCUUAGGGUUCGAGGCGUAUCUGGUCUCCGCGUAGUGGACGCCUCCGUAAUGCCACAAGCCACCUCUGGGAACACUGGCGCUCCGACUUACAUGAUAGGAGAAAAAGCAGCCGAUGCCAUAAAAGCAGAAUGGGGUUCCCGAGUAUAGCAUCGAACAGAAGAAUAGUCUGUGUUUUUGUUCCGUAGUUUUCUUAAUAAAUGUUUGGAAGUUA